GGUGAGAAACAAACAGCUGCUGUUUCAGAAACACGUAGUCACUUUGAAUCAUGAAGCUGCCUGUGCUGCUGUGCUCCGUGCUGCUGCUCUCUGUCUGUGGUGUUCUCUCUCAGGAGAACGAGACUACAGCUGGAGAACAAGAAAACCAAACUGAAACCAGAGAGGCCCAGUGUGAUGGGUUCAGUCUACCAUCUUGCCGCAGGGAUUACAAUCCUGUGUGUGGCGAUGAUGGAUUUACCUACAGCAACGAGUGUAUGCUCUGCUUCUACAACAUGGAACACCGUUUGAAGGUGAGAGUGCAGAGUGAAGGGAUGUGCUCACCUGUAGUGUGACACACACUCUCCUUGUGUCAGUUACCUGUAACUCACCUUCUUAAUAAAGUCACACACAUGUUGUCUGUGUUUGUUUCCAGUCCUUAAAUGUGAUCUGUACUCUGGUGAAUGAAACAUAAAGUUAAUGAAAACCCUGA